UAAAUUUUCUUUCAUCAUCAAAACCCCAAAAUAUAAUUUCUUUUUAUAACCUCUACUUAAAUCUCGUAUUUGUUUGUGAAAUGGCUUUGAUUUUCUUUGUGUAAUUCCAGUUUUAACCAGUUCAUUUAGGUUACCUGAAUAACCAGUGACAAGUGACUUGAAUGGUUCAUCGGCAUUGAAUCCGCGGCCAUUUUGAAGGGGCUAACACGUUUUUAAUUUUCCAUUUACAAAUUUUAACCAAAAAUGUCAGGGGAAGAAACUUCUGCCGAUCGCAAUGUCGAAAUAUGGAAAAUUAAGAAGCUCAUCAAAAGUUUAGAGUUGGCCAGAGGCAAUGGAACCAGCAUGAUCUCCUUAAUUAUUCCCCCGAAAGAUCAAAUAUCCAGAAUUAGCAAGAUGUUAGCCGAUGAAUUUGGAACCGCCUCUAAUAUUAAGUCCCGUGUAAAUAGAUUAUCUGUACUUGGUGCAAUUACUUCUGUCCAACAUCGUUUAAAACUAUACACUAAAGUGCCCCCAAAUGGUCUAGUAAUUUACUGCGGAACAAUAGUAACAGAUGAGGGCAAAGAAAAGAAAGUUAACAUCGAUUUUGAACCGUUCAAACCCAUAAACACGUCUCUGUACUUAUGCGACAACAAGUUCCAUACAGAAGCAUUAACGGCCCUUUUGGCCGACGACAACAAAUUCGGCUUCAUCGUCAUGGACGGUAACGGAGCACUCUUUGGAACACUACAGGGUAAUACGAGAGAGGUUUUGCACAAAUUUACCGUAGAUUUGCCAAAAAAGCACGGCAGAGGAGGUCAGUCUGCUCUGCGUUUCGCGCGUUUGAGAAUGGAAAAGCGGCACAAUUACGUGAGAAAAGUCGCCGAAGUGGCCACUCAACUUUUUAUCACAAACGACAAGCCAAACAUUGCUGGUUUAAUUUUGGCUGGUAGUGCAGAUUUCAAAACUGAACUGAGUCAGUCCGACAUGUUCGAUCCCAGGCUGCAAGCAAAGAUUAUCAAACUGGUUGAUGUUUCUUAUGGUGGUGAAAACGGUUUCAACCAGGCCAUCGAGUUGGCCGCCGAAUCUCUGCAGAACGUUAAGUUUAUCCAGGAGAAGAAAUUGAUUGGAAGAUAUUUCGAUGAAAUCAGUCAGGAUACAGGCAAAUAUUGCUUUGGAGUUGAGGAUACGCUGAGAGGACUUGAACUUGGUUCUGUGGAGACCCUCAUUUGUUGGGAGAAUUUGGAUAUUCAAAGGUACGUUCUUAAGAAUCACACAGGAGGUACUGAAACUGUAUUACAUUUGACACCCGAGCAAGAAAAAGACAAGUCUCACUUUACAGACAAAGAGAGCGGAGUUGAAUUGGAAUUGGUAGAAUGUCAGCCCCUUUUGGAAUGGCUUGCCAACAACUACAAGAACUUUGGAGCAACCUUGGAAAUUAUUACUGACAAAUCUCAAGAAGGUUCUCAGUUUGUUCGAGGGUUUGGUGGAAUUGGAGGUUUAUUACGAUACAAAGUAGACUUCCAAAGUUUGCAAUUGGACGACCUGGAUGAAUUGGCAGACUUUGAUUUAGAUGAAUAUUAAGUUAUAAUUUAAUUAAAAUAUUUUCAAAUUAUUGACAGCAUUUCUAAGAGUGAUGCCAUUGGAUUGAAGGCACUUUUUGCUCAUAAUGCUAAAUCAUGGUUAAGCCAUGAUGGUAUUACAUUAUUUAAACAAUAUAAAAUUUAUAUUAUACUUUGGUAUUUUAUAUUUUACAUUAUUAAAUCAGACAACCAUUAUAAAAUAAAUAAUAAUUUUCCAACUAUCCGUGGUAGGCAAUUAUUAUUAUUAAAAAAAAAAAUAUUUUUACAUAAAUUUGCAAAAAUAUAUGUAGAAAAAGUCAAUAUGUUACAAGUUAUAUGUGUACAAUAUAUUAUACUAAGAAACUAAAUCUUUAUUUACCACAUCAUGUGUUAAAUAUUUUGUUGAAUUUAUUUAUUGUUUAUACUUCAAAAAAGUUCUUUAAAACAUUCCUGGCAUCACUAAGAUUUUUUAUUAAAUAUUUUUAUAAAAAUGGUUGUAAAAUUAUUAAUAAUUUUACA